AUGAUUAGUCUUGCUGCACCGGUUGCAGUUUCCGCAACUCCGCAUGUCGUUUAUUGGCAAAGGGGGCUUCACCGAGUCACGCUCCGGCUGAAACGGAAGCGGAAUGGUACAGCACUGUCAGCGCGCAAUUCAAAUGUACUGCUUGGCCAAUUGUUCUUGGUUGCUCAGUUAAUCUUCGAGUCGGAUUUGGCAUGUCUGCGCGUCCGUCCCCUAAUCAUUGAGCACCGUUUCCGCAAUGUUGCCGUCACAAUCUCCGUCCCAAACACAGUGCUUAUAUCUAGGGCGUUGAAGGAGGGUCGGGAUCAGGAAUUCGAAUCUCGAACACCUAGGACUCUGGUUUCCCAUAUCAAGAGACUAGUCCGCUUGUCACGUCUAACAGUUCGCACUCUCGCCAAGAGUUUGUGCUGUAUUCUCAGAGAUACAGAGAAGGAAGGAGCGCAUAUCCCCACCGAAUCGGCCAUCACAGCAACCAGUAUGCCAAGGGAUAUGCCAACUAUUCUCUACGAUGACGUCCUUCAGCUUCCUUCCAAUUGGGACACUGGUCUUCUUCAAGGCUCCGGUCUCACCCUUGAAGAAUUAGCGGAUAUCCUGUCCGCGUUCUUCCGGGCAAAAUGUGGCUGGCACAAGGCUGUCUAUCCAGAUUUGUUUAUUCGGGACCUGCAGAUUGCCUUGAACGCUACAGAAUCCAGUGGCACUCUGCCUCAGAAGGAUUACGCUUCUGCGAUGUUGUAUAAUGCCGUUAUUGCCUACUCGCUAGGAUAUUCCCGAGUGGAGGAUCAUCGUUCACCGGAAUACAGAAACCAAUUUGCUUUGGAAGCGAAGAAGCAUUUUGAUGCGGAGUGCAACGCUCCCACGCUCGCAACAGUACAGGCACUGGCGAUUUUAUCUUCAUUUCAUAACGGAGUGGCCGACCAAGGGCUGAGCUUCACGUAUCUCGGAACGGCUAUCCGUGUAUCGCAAACUCUUUGCCUGGAUGGAAGAAAUUCUGGUCAAAAAUUAACUAAUCGUGAGGAAAUUCGCUCUUCAUUUGCCUUCUGGAAUCUGUACUGUUUGGACAAAGCAUGCAGUCUCUAUGUCGGUCGCCCUCAAAGUCUCAAACACGAGACAACUCAUUGGAAAGUUGGUUCUUUCCCGGAGGUGGGACCAGCUCGUCAUCUUUUCAGCCUCUCUAGCUCGGUCUUUCCUGAAGACGAAGCAUUUGCGGCGCACGUCGGCCUUAUGCAAAUUGCUUCCUCAAUCAUGGAUGUCCUUUACCGUCAUGACGGGCUCUGCAGGACUAACAUUGACGUCGCUCGUGUGGAGCAAAUGAGUAUUGUGAUUGAUACGUGGAACAAGCAUCUCCCACGAAGCCUCCGCAUUGAUGAAGAAACUCAACCAACCACCGACGUGAUUAUGAUCAACGCGAUCUUCGAGUGGAUGAACAUCCUGCUCUAUCAACCGUUCUUUCAGGACAGUAAAACGAUUACAUUCACUUCCUCAUGUUUGACUCGGCUCGGAAUAAGCGGGGACACCUAUAACAGAAUAUCGAGGUUGUGCAACAAGGCAAAGCUGUCCGCCCCUCCAGCAGCGUUCAAGAUUACAUCCCUACUUGAGACAUUCGACUACUGUUAUGGUCUCAACAUGGUGGACAACACAGCCGUGCAAAUUGCCUAUGCUGCCGGAAAGAUGCACUUGCUGAGUGCAACACAGAAUCCCAAUUACCGUUAUGAGACGGAGGGUCCUGGUCAAGGCGUCACUAGGUGCAUAGGAAUUUUACGAAAAAUAGGAGGAACAUGGCCAUCAGGCCUGGCUUCUGCCAAUAGACUCGAAGAAUUGUGGCGGCCCGUGUGUGAGCGCCAAGAGCCUGGCUCGGAACAUGUUAGCGUGCUCCCGCCUCCCCCUCCUUACACUGCACCCUCAUAGCUUUGCCAGAUUUCUUGUCCCCGGGAUGGACUUAUUAAUUGUCUCGCGAUAAUAGAUAACGCUCGAUGGACCAUCGCCUUUCUUCUUGCCCCAAACGUGGGAGAGUGCAGGAACUUCAUGCUAGCAAUCCUUGUUGCCCCAACAAAUGAAUAGAAAGUCAGCCUCUCUCCUUCGUUAUUGGACGCUUCUGCCUGUGUAAUGUACUGGAGAAUGCAUUAAUUGUACGAUAUCAUUGGCUCCUUAAGUUCACCGCCG